AUGGAUGGGAGCAGCCAAGUAGAGCAGAUCACAAGGGGAAUUGUGGGUACCGAACGCCUGCCCACAAAUGGGCCCAUGCUGCAUGGUGCCCUACCUCUAGAUGCCAAGGAGCUGGGGAACAAGACCUGGUACAUUGUGGAUGCGAUUGGGGGUGGGGGAGUUGCGCGUCGUCUGCUCGGAGGUGGAGGAGUUCAAGGGAAAUCGGCGCACAGAGUGAAUCUGGAGCGCCUUUGCCCAGCCACUUGCGAGGAAGAGGAGCAGCGGAAACGGGCUUCCCCCGGUCUCUCCGCGGCCCCGGGAACAAACCGCUACCGCCACCCAGCCCCAUUCCCGGGCGUGACGUCACCCCCAGCUAGGUCCGAGGGAGCCUGCAAAAGCCUCUCAAAUUCAAACUGCUCGGCGCCCAGACAGCAGCCGCCGCCGCCGCCGCCAGCCGGGGGAAGGGAAGUAAGCCGCCACCGCCGCAGCCCCAGCAGCCGCCCGGCAGAGUCAGCAGCCCGCGGCGCCCCACGCCAGCGGCCCCCCCCACCCCACCCCCCCCCCCCCCCCGCAGCCCGCCGCCCGCCCGCGCCCAGCGCACACGCACAGCCAGCCGGGCGCCAGGUGGCCAAACUUCCCGCGGCUCCGCCGCUCGCUUCGCCCCCUCCCGCCUGCCUACAGCCGGGACUUCGGGCUGUGCCCCGGCACCCCAAAGCCGCAGGGCGCGCCCCCCAGCCCGCCCCCAUCACCCCCAGCCCGACCCGUCCGCCUACCAGCCCCGGGUCAAGCAAACCGUGGUGUCUGUCUGCACGGGAGCAGCAUCUUCUCCGGGCUGCCUCUCCCCCCAGCGCUUUCUCCAUUUGCACCCAAGAUGCUAAACUCCGGGGCCACCACCGCAAAGGAGGGGAGGCUCAUCUUCUCCUGAUGUGUGAGUACCGCAGCCCUUUCCCUUACGCGGUGCCGGAGCCAGAUCGACUGGGCAUAAAGAUGCUGAACGGUGUUUGGUUUCUCAGUGUGUUAACCGUGGCCGGGAUCCUCCAGACGGAGAGCCGCAAAACUGGCAAAGACAUUUGUAAGAUCCGUUGCUUGUGCGAGGAGAAGGAAAAUGUACUGAAUAUUAAUUGCGAAAACAAAGAGUUACAGUAUCUCUAUCUCGAGUAUAACAUCAUCAAAGAAAUCAAGCCCUGCACCUUUGAUGCACUCAUUAACUUGCAGCUCUUAUUUCUGAAUAACAACUUGCUGAGGGCCUUACCAGAAAACGUGUUUGGUGGCACUGCCCUCACCAGACUGAACCUGAGAAACAACCACUUCUCCCACUUGCCAGUGAAAGGGGUCCUGGACCAGCUCCCAGCCUUUAUCCAGAUCGAUCUGCAGGAAAACCCAUGGGAUUGUACCUGUGACAUUAUGGGCCUCAAGGACUGGACAGAGCAUGCCAAUUCUCCUGUCAUCAUCAAUGAGAUCACCUGUGAAUCUCCAGCCAAACAUGCAGGUGAGAUCUUGAAAUUCCUGGGGAGAGAGACUAUCUGUCCAGACAACCCCGGCCUCUCUGAUGCUACCAUUUUAUCCAUGAGUCAUAACACAGACACCCCCAGAUCUCUCAGCGUGGCUCCCAGUUCCUACCCGGAGCUACACACUGAAGUUCCACUGUCCGUCUUAAUUUUAGGACUGCUCGUGGUCUUUAUCUUAUCUGUGUGCUUUGGGGCAGGCUUAUUUGUCUUUGUCCUCAAGCGGCGGAAGGGGGUACCCAGUGGGCCCAGCAGCACCAACAACUUAGACAUCAGUUCUUUCCAGCUGCAGUAUGGAUCUUAUAAUGCUGACACUGCCGACAAGACCGAAGGCCACGUCUAUAACUAUAUUCCUCCUCCCGUGGGCCAGAUGUGCCAGAACCCUAUUUACAUGCAGAAGGAAGGGGACCCGGUGGCAUACUACCGAAACCUCCAAGAGUUCAGCUAUGGCAAUCUGGAGACCAAGAAAGAAGGGCCCACCACUCUGGCUUAUACCAUCAGUGCAUCCGAAUUGCUGGAGAAGCAGUCCACUCCACGAGAGCCGGAGCUACUCUAUCAAAAUAUUGCAGAGAGAGUGAAGGAGCUCCCCAGCGCAGGAGUGGUCCACUAUAACUUUUGCACCUUACCCAAGAGGCAGUUCGCACCUUCCUAUGAAUCCCGACGCCAAAAUCAGGACAGACUGAACAAAACUGUUUUAUACGGAACUCCCAGGAAAUACUUUGCAGACCAAUCCAAACCUGAACAUCCUUUACUUCAGGCCAAGCAGCAAACAGAACCAGACUACCUCGAAGUUCUGGAGAAACAAACCGCCAUCAGUCAGCUGUGAAGAGAGGGAAAGAAAGAAAGUAUCAAGGGAGGCUGCCUCGGGAUGACAGGAACAGCUGGGGAUGGCCACAUUCAGUGCAUUGGGCUUUGGGGCUUUGUGGGGUGGGGGCAAUGAAGGGGGAGGGUCUUUCUUUUCCAGGACUAACGUGGAAACUUGGAAAAAUCAGCGAGGGAUGGGGUAAAGCAAGCUUCUUGCUCUCAAAAGUUUUCCUCUUAAAUUAUUUCCACUUGGGGGGGGGUUGGGGUUCUUCCUUUUUUCUUUCUUUAUUUCUUUCUUUUAGAAUCCUUAGUAACUGUACACUGAAAAUGAAUGUUGCUCAAAUGACUUUCUUUCCCUUUUCCUCUUAUUUCUUGCCCUCCCACUCCCACCCCCAAUCUGUUCUGUUGUCGUUUCGGGGUGCAGAUGGGGCAGGGGAACCCUCUAGGAGGUCUGGAAGGGGCUAGGCAAAAAAAAAUCUUGUAAAGAAGUGGAUGCUGAAUGUGUUGUGCUGAAGAUCUCCCAAGAUCUUCGGGGACUGUCACUUCUUUUUGUAAAUAAUAAUAUCCAGUCUUUCUCUUUCAGUUACCACGCAAAGUCACUGGGCGUCACCUCUUGUGUUAAAGUGCCUUUGCACUUUAAGUACAUUACUUAAAUGUUGCUUUUAGCUUUGAUAAAUCGAACCUAUUUUAAUGUGUUGUAUUUUUGAAAGUCAAAAACCCCCUGUAAAAUAGAUCUAUAUGUCAGCUGCAUUCAAUCAAAGGAGAGUUUGCUUGAUUUAUAGGUAACCAGCCCUUCAUUCAAUGAUUCUAGUUCUAGGACUUUCUAGAUUUCACUGUAAAAUAUUGCUUUUCUUCUGGGUUUGUUUGAAGUGAUUCAUUGAAGUCAGCGAAGCCGACUUUGGGCUAGACCAGAGGCACUCGGCUGCCUCCUCGGUUGGGCUUGUUAUUUCAUUAAUAAAAGGUAUUGAACAUGCUAGCAUAGAGAAUUGAACAAUUAAGGUCCUUCCCGAAAUCAUUACCUUGCCAACACUAACAUGGUCAGUAAUGUUCAGUGCUUUUAGAUUAUUUUCCUAAUUAAGAGAACAUUACACAACUUGUAAUAUAUUUUUUCUGCAUUAAAUUAGAUAUUUUUAUACAUUUACUGAAAGAGUCUGAAUUUCUAACUUUUUAAUUGAAAUUAAUAUUUUUUCUGCCUAUUGAGACAUUUUCUAUAAGCAUACACCAGUAGAGGCCGCCACACACCUCAUUUAAUAAAGACAUAUGAGCCAUUUAAAUACCUUGAAGGAAGACUUCAAAGGUGAAAUUCGAACUUGGGUCUCCAGACUUCCCAAGCCAGUUCUCUGCAGAUUCCAAGGCAGCAGAGACAAACGUCAGUGUACCUUCCAAUUCCCUUACCUACCACCAUUUCGACUUGGGUUUAUCCUAUUUCACUAGAAAGCAGUGUUUUCCCAUUGAGUUGAUGAAGUCCUCCCAAGUUUAUUGAAGCUUUAAAAGGGGUGCUAUCUGAUAAUGCUAGUGCAUCUCCAAAUAGGGGAAGAAUGACCGAAAACUGAGAAAUUAAGCAUCGUUUCUCUUUCACCUCUCCUUAGGUUUUACUUGAAUUUUUCCUCGUCAUCCGAAGAACACAUUUCUUUUCUUUUCUUUUCUCUUUUCUUUUCUUUUCUUUUCUUUUCUUUUCUUUUCUUUUCUUUUCUUUUCUUUUCUUUUCUUUUCUUUCUUUUUCCUUUUCUUUUUCCCCCCGGAGUGGGGGCAGGGAAGAGUAUUAAAGUGAGUUUGGUUAACCAAGUAUAUAAAACAUUUAUGAAGCCUUAUUAUUAGCCUGUAAAUAAUUUUUAGCUGCAAACAUGAUUGUGAGAUUUAAACAAACAGCCCUUAUUUACAACAAAAAUAGUUUUGUUUUGUCUAUUGUAAAUCCUUAUGCAACUGGGAUGGUGAUCUGCAUAUAAAGUAGGCCAGCCUUUUCAAUUCCUUAUUAAAGCAAUUGAUGGAGAAUGAAAGAAGCACACUGUUUCCUUUUCAUAAAUAGGUUACUGCACAUAAUAAUCCUUUAUUAUCAUGCAGAGAUUGAAGUGGACUCUGAUGACUUAUUUUUAAAGCUUUAAUAUGACUAAUAGUAUAUUGUCUGCCACUCCGAAGACUUCCCAAGCAAUCGAAUUUCAAUUAUAAAUGACUUAAGUCCGUAUUCUUUUCAUCGAUAUUUUACUAGUGGAAAACAGUUGCCUUUUUCAGAACUGAAAGGAGUCGUGUGUGGACAGAGCUCAGAACAUGCAGUGAAUCGCUUUUAAUGAACAAUGCAGUGUCUGAAUACCAUCCACCGUGACCAGCUCUCGUGGCUAUCCUUUGUUUCAAAAUCAUAAUUUCUAUUCAUGGCCAUUAGAUCGGGGUGAAUGCUGGAGGGCCGGAGGAGCUCACUCUAGGAGAGUUGGUCUUCCAAAGGGUCUCCUUUCAGAGAGGAGAAGAGUGAGUUUGAACACAGAGGGAUUGCCUAGAAAUCACCUCCUCCCCCUUUGGAUGUGAGGGGCUGACAUGGAACAGCUUUGGGGCGGGAGGGGGGGCCCCCUCUGGCCGCUGGCCAGAAUGGAGUGCCUACAUAGGACAAAAAGCGAUGGGCCGAGUAGACACGAUGGAAAGUUUUUGCCAAGGCAGACGAUCAGAUCCGCUUUUCCUGAACUUCUUCUUGAGCACUGAGCUAUGAGGGAGAAUGGAGGAGAUUUGCCCAAACCCACUUUUAGUGCUUCCCGUCUCCCCCCACCCAAGUUAACCCAGUGCACCUUUUCUACUAUUCAUUUGAGGUAGAAAAGAAAUGGCUAGAAGUUCACAAUGCGUUCUCCUAAAGAGGCCUCCUGGAAGAACUCAAUUUUAUCCACAAUCCCACUGAAUAAUGAUGGCUUAAUUUUGAAUGCUUCUGCUUUCCAGGUUUGCACUUUAUUAUUAGCAUAGCAUGAUGAAAUAUUUCCUCUCCCAACCUAAUGGGAUGCAUCCUUUAAAUCAUUUUUUCCACACAGCCUUUCAAGUAUAUGUUGCACUCGGUUUCUAUUUUUAGUUUAAAGUAUGUUUGUGACAUACUUUAAAGUCGAAACGAGCUUUUAUUAUUUUUUUCCCGAAAGCUUUGUUUCCGUUCUGUUAUUGUUCCAACUGACUGCAUUUGGUUUUGCUUUCUCAGCAUCAAGGCUUUUGGAAAUGAUUUUAUUCUGGGAUCUUUAUUUUUAUCUCCUGCAGCUGGAUUUGGCUGUUUAACUUUGACUCCCCACGCUGCUGCUGGAAAGAGGCAUAAACAGUAACACGGCUACCCCCAGGGCUUCAGGGGCAACCUUCAUUCCCUCUCCUGGCCACAGGCUGAAGCCCAGCUGCAAGGCCUGGCCCUGCAAGUCCUACGUGGUCGUGGUUGUUCCCCUCCAAUUCCAGAUGAUUAAUUAGUGGCUAGCCUCCCCUGGGCCUCAUUAGUAUUAACAAAGAAAAAAAUCUCGACUGCUCUUCCUGAGUUUCAUUCUCUGCCACUGAGAGGAGGACCCCUUCUGGGUUCUAAACCAGAAGCAACUUUCUUAGAUCUCACCAAAUCCCUCUGUUGAGAUGGUGUCAUUAAGUUGAACACUCUUCUUUGCCCUCCUGCCCAUAAGGCAAGUGACUUUGAGAGUCUUGUUCUUGGUCCUAGGAGGGCUUAACCUCCUUUAAAAAGUCACGCCAAGGAGGGUUGAGGGAAAAAACGGACUGAUUGGGAUUCUUCAGCAUGUAGAUGUGCUACCCAAACCAAACCCCUCAAGGAUGGAGUAUCAGAGAAAGGACUAAAGAAGGCUCUCAAGAGCGUUCUCCUAACACCGGAAACUUCUCUGAUGACCGAUCCCCCCAUCCCCCAAUGAGGAUAGCAGCAGAAAGGUGAAAGAGGGGGUCGGGCUGUCCAUCUUGAGUCUAUGGCAUAAGGGGGAAACUCUGGAUCUCUUCUCCAUCUGCUCCACAUCGCUUAACCAACAUCCUUCAUUAUUUUUGGGCUGGAUGACCUAAAGGACAAACAAACGAACCAACAAAGAAACCAAACAUUUCUGUCGGAUCAGGUCUAGUGUUUCAAGUAGGAGGACUGGUACCUGUGUGCCAUUUUCAGAGCUUCACUGUAAAGAUAAUCAGCAACGUGAUUGUAAAUACGAUGUCACAAACAUACUUUAAAAUGGCUAGAAGAUCCAUGUUUUCGAGGUGCUAUUUAAUUUGCAUCUCACUGGCGUAGACUAGAGGGUUUUGUUUUCCACUAUCUGUUAACUCCUCGCAAACAACACAAAGUGUAAAAGUGGUGAGAAACAUUUACGUUGUGAUGUAGGUGAUCAAAUCACUAACUUCUGGGAGAGAGCAAAUAAGUACUGUAUAUAGGUGUACUUCGCUUCUUGCAGUGGUUGUGCUCCUGAAAACAAGUUGUGUGUAAAUUCCUUUUUUUGUUGUAAAUUGAAUCCUAUUUUAAGUGCACUAGGGGAGCUGCUAUUUAGAGGAAACUUGUGGUGAAUCCUUUUGUAAAGCAAAGACUCAUUUUAUAGUGGAAAUAAUCAUCCCCCACCCCUAAUUUAUCUGUUUUGUAUGUUUGGAUUUCAUAUAUCAGGUUUGCUUAAAACAGGGCCCACCUGCAUCAAAGUCAUUCAAUCCAACCUGCUUUCCCAGUGCUGCUUGUUGUACCAGUGUAUCGGUUGCUAAGGGCUUAUACUUGAAAAGGCUGCUGCAAUUUUGUGCAAAUUAAGCUAAUGGAUGAUUCUGUGAUUACACAGUAGCAUCUCUAAACUGUUAUGGGUAGCCAACCCAUUUAGACUCAAUUGAGCACUGGAUUCCUCACUUCCCUGUCCUAACUGGUAUGUUCGAUCAGCAGCCUCUCCGUUCUCAGAUGUGGCCAUGUUUCCUUGUGGGGGGGGGGGAGUGGAACAAUUCCUGUAUUCCAGUUGUAGAAAGUGCUUAGAGUCAAAUGGUUUUAUAAGAAAUAUAUGUCAUUGUGUAAACAUAUUGAACUGCAUGUGUGUUGGAAUUUUUUCUUGCAGUGUUUUAGCUUGGAAAUACCUGUAUAAAUACUGUUAGAUUUAGUCGCAAAUAAUUGUUGUCAAGUUAUUGGAAUAAACAGCAAAUGAAACAA